UAUUUGUAUUCUGUGAAAUCCUUGAAAAAGAAAUAAAGCAAUUUUAUAAAUGACUAUAAAACAAGGAAACAAUCAUAUGUGCUUUGCUCAUAUCGAUUUUGUUGUUAUAUAGGUUACAACAAUGUCAAUACCGCCAGUAAAUUACAGUGUACCGCCACCAAACUUGAAUGUGCCACCACCGGGUGCACCACCUUUACGACCGACUGAAAUUCUUCCGCCGCCGCUGUAUAGCCAUCCACCUCCAUUCACCGUACCGUUGGUGUCUGGUACCGAGCCGCCGUACAUGGCGGUUCCAACCCUACCACCGUUGAAUAUGCCACCCCCAGCUACCGCUUACCCUUCGCCACCCGUUGACAUCCACACUGUUCCCCCACCCUUUCUACCUCCAGUCGCUUCCGAAUUUUCCUAUAGGGAGCCUGGGUACUACCCAAAAGAUUCCAAUUUCGCAAUGAGUUUUGUUCCGCCUAAACUAGAAGUUAAAUCCGAAAGAGACUCACCUUGUCCGUCAGAUCGUAGCUACUACAGCCAAAAAGAUGGUGAACCUUCUACUUCCAAAGAUUAUGAGAAAAAGUAUUCUUAUAUAAAAGAGGAAAAAUCCAACAGGCCUUCAAGUCAGUUGAAGACUCGAAUGUCACCUCCAAGAGAGUAUGAUAGAGGGAGGCAUGACAGAGAAUAUUCCAAAGGAAGACAUUAUGACAAAGAUGAUGAAAGACGAAGAUAUGAGAAAGAAAGAGAAAGAAUUGAAAGAGAAAAGUAUUAUGACAGAGAAAGAAGCUAUGAUAGAGAACGUAGAGAAAGGCAUUACAGAGAAUCCAAGGCCAGAGAUCACAGAUGUCAUAGUCCAAGUUACAGUCACCGUAGCAGGAGCCCUUCAAGGCAUAGCUACAGAGAUAUGGAGAAAGAACGAGAAAGAGAAAGAUACUACAGAGAGAAAUAUUACAGAGAAAAAUAUGAAGAGCGACGGGAGCUUGAGAGACGAAGAUAUGAGUAUGAGCAUCGACGUAGCCUUUCUAGAGACCAUAGGAGCCAUAGUCGGAGUCAUUAUGAUGCUAAAUGUGAACGCGUAUUCAGGUCACCAAGUAGAAGGAGAUAUUCUAGAGAAAGGGAAUAUUCAAGCAGCCGGUCUGGUUCCAUACAAGAAUCAUUGCCUCGUAAAAAACUGACAGAUCGGGAGAAGAUCUUGGAAGAGUACAGGAAAAACUAUUGUAAAACUUCUGAAGAUUUUAUUGAGAAAUUGGAGCAGUGGCAGAAAGAUCAUAAUUCAGAUGAAGAAGAGUCAUCAACAAUGUGGUACCGCAGUUCCCCAGCUGAGCUAUACUAUAAGCCUGUUGAGGAUGGUCAGGGUGUCCAGCAGACCCUAAAGCUAGAGAAGCUGUGUGAUAAUUUCUUCAAAGAACUGAUUGAGCGAGGGCGCAAGGCACGACCAGUUGGCGAUGAGCUGCCGCCAUUGAAACCUCCUAAGGCUAAAAUGUGCAAGCAUAGAUUGGAAGAGGGUAGCUCGUCAUCAUCUGAGAGUGAUGACGAGUGCCUAGACGAAGAUGGGCUACAGGGAUACACUGACAGGAUCAUGCUGGAGCUGCAAAGGAAGCAGAGCCAUCCACGGAGAUUGCACCCAGAAUUAUGGUUCAACAACACGGGCGAGAUGAACGGCGGCCCCCUCUGCCGCUGCAGUGCACGCGCGCGACGCCACGGCAUGCGACACGGCGUGUACGCUGGCGAAGACGCCUUCACUAAAUGUAUUCCCACGCAGAGCAACAUAAAUAAGCUGUACCACUAUCGUAUCACCGUGUCACCACCGACAAACUUCCUUAUAAAGUCCCCCACAAUAAUCGGCCACGACGAACACGAGUUCCUGUUCUCCGGAUUUUCAAUGUUCUCGCACUACAAGCUGGCCAAACUGCCGAAAUGCAAAGUCAUAAGGUUCAACAUUGAAUACACCAUUUUGUACGUGGAGGAGCCUGCGCCACAGAACUUUACUAUACGUGAAUUGGAUUUAUUCGAGGAGUACCUCUUCUACGAGUUAUUAGAACUGAUCGACUUGGACUUAGGGAAGGCGACGGAGUCUUCGUGUUCGCAGUUCCACUUUAUGCCGCGCUUCGUGCGAUUCCUGCCCGAGGGCGGGUGUGAGAUAAUACAUAGACUUCAUGUACAUCUCAGGUACCAAAAAGCAUGGCGUUACUACGUAAAAUACCGCCACCUCAUAGCAAACAUGGCAAAGCCCUCGUUCAAGGACAGACAGAAGCUAGCAGCCAAAGAAGCCAAGCUACAAGAGAUGCGGACACAGAGUAAAAUGAAACGAGACGUCACGGUCGCGAUUUCUUCGGAAGGAUUUCACACCACCGGUCUUAUGUGUGAUGUUGUUCAGCACGCAAUGCUAAUCCCCGUCUUAGUCCGCCAUCUUCGAUUCCACAAACUAUUAGAUAGCCUGGAGCGCAAAAUUGGCUACGUAUUCAAACAACGGUUGUUACUACAAACUGCGUUGACGCAUCCCUCUUAUAGGGAGAAUUUUGGCACGAACCCGGACCACGCUAGGAACAGUCUCACUAAUUGUGGUAUCAGGCAACCUGAAUAUGGUGAUCGGAGGAUACAUUAUACAAGGAAGAAAGGCAUCGUGACCUUAAUAAACAUAAUGUCUCGCUUCGGCAAACACAGCGAAACAGAAUCCGAGAUCAAACACAACGAACGUUUAGAGUUCCUCGGCGACGCCGUAGUAGAGUUCCUGUCUUCCAUACAUCUGUUCCGGAUGUUCCCAGGGCUGGCUGAAGGUGGCCUGGCCACGUAUCGAGCUGCUAUUGUACAGAAUCAACAUUUGGCACAGUUAGCGAAGAACAUCGAGCUGGAGCAGUUCAUGCUGUACGCGCACGGGUCCGACCUGUGUCGGGAGGUGGUGAUGCGACACGCCAUGGCCAACUGCUUCGAAGCCCUCAUGGGCGCGCUGUUCCUUGAUGCCGGGCUGCAGGUAGCAGACCGUGUUUUCUCUUUAGCAUUAUGGUACAAGGAGACGGAUCUCCUAGACGUGUGGACAAAGGAACGCGCGCAUCCCUUGCAAGAACAAGAGCCUUUGGGCGAUCGGAAGUACAUCAAGGACUUUGAGUUUUUGCAGAAGCUUACGGAGUUUGAGGAGUCUAUUGGCGUUCAAUUCAAACAUAUCCGUCUCCUGGCCCGCGCUUUCACAGACCGGUCAGUUGGCUUCACCCACCUCACUCUCGGCUCCAAUCAGCGGCUGGAGUUCCUCGGAGACACAGUACUGCAACUGGUCGUCUCCGAUCGACUUUACCGCCAUUUCCCUGACCAUCAUGAGGGGCAUCUUUCUCUCCUCCGCUCGUCCCUAGUCAACAAACGUACGCAGGCCAUGGUGUGUGACGACCUUAAUAUGUCGGCAUAUGCCAUUUAUAACAAUCCCAAAGCUAAACCGACAACGAAGAAACACAAGGCUGACUUGCUCGAGGCUUUUCUUGGCGCUUUGUAUAUUGACAAGAAUCUCGAUUACUGCCAAGUGUUCUGCAACGCAUGCCUGUUCCCACGGCUCCAAGAGUUCAUCAUGAACCAGGACUGGAAUGACCCGAAGUCCAAACUGCAGCAGUGCUGUCUUACCCUGCGGUCCAUGGAGGGAGGGGAACCUGAUAUACCACUAUACAAGGUGAUCGAGUGUCUUGGUCCGACGAACACUCGCGUGUACACAGUGGGCGUGUACUUCCGCGGCGCGCGGCUGGCUGCCGCUAGAGGGCACUCCAUACAGGAGGCGGAAAUGAACGCGGCAGAGGAAGCCCUCAACAGCGCUCACGAACUAUUCCCCCAAUUGGACCACCAAAAACGCGUAAUAGCGAAAAGCAUGAAGAAAAAGAACAGACGAACAGGCCGUGACAGCCCCCACACAAAAGACAAAGACAAACGGUCCAAACUAGAAGACAGAGUGCCUAAAGCGUACAGGCUAGACAAAGACGACACGUCGAGUUCCGACGAGAGUCUACACCUAGUCUCUGACGAAGAGGCUGUGAGUGCCGGAACAAAGUCUGAUGAGGAUUCAGGGUUAGAUAGUGACACAACAGUGAACGACAAAUUGCAAAACGUACAAGUAAGCAGUCUUCUAAGUGACAUGGAGAGGUUGAAGGAAGAUCUCAUAAAAAGGAAUGAGUAUGAAAAGUUAAAGGAGAAAUGUAAAAAGUCAGAUUCCGAGGACGAUUAGGGUUAGGUAAGAAAUUUAGAUUUUAAGACUCGUGGUUAUUCACUGAAUGAUUAUCACCAGAGAUGGGCA